AUGGCUGAGAAGCGGAAGCGUGAAGACGGCGCAAAUGUGCCAGACUACAGACCGGGCAAGAAGAAGCAAAAAAGAGGCUUCAUCACUGGCCCAGCAAAUCUGCCUGAUGGGCCAUACAAGCGCAAAACGCAAAAGCUCAAAGACACGCUGAUCAAGCAAGCGAAGAUCAAGAAGGACUAUGCCAAAGUCAAGAAGCGAACUGACGAGCACGACUCAGCUACUACCAAAGACCACCAAGAACAGGUUGCCAGACAUGAACCAUCAAGUUCCGAAGCGGGACCAGAACCCAGCACAGCACCACAUCCCGACCGCCAGACGCUCAUAGACCGACAACAGACUGCUCCGAACCUAGAUUCCGCAGAAGUCGGCGAUGCCAGCGCAGAUUAUCCAGCACGCAGAGAGCGGCGACCCAGACAUCAGCCCUUCAAGCUCGAGCACGAGCAAGCACUCCGCCGCAAGGCCGAAGCGGAAGAACGACGCAAAGCUCGCGAAGAAGCUCUGCGGCAAAGGCAGACUAAACUGGAGGAAAGGGAGCGUUUCCGCAGAGCAAUGGCCAAAGCACGCUCCGGCGGACCGAACGGGCAGAGGAAGUUGGGAAGGGAGAGUAAGGUGCUGCUUGAGAAAGUUAAGAGGAUGGUCACGGGUGGCGGCUAG